AUUUAUUUUAUUCAGAUGAAAAUUCAAAUCGCUUAAAACAUUUAUAUGGAAUGAAAGUAUUUUGUAUCAGUUUUAUUAUCGUUGAUCAUUUAAUUGGCACAGCUGGUUCUGGUAUGGUAAAAAAUGUUCGUUAUGUUGAAGAGUUUUACCGAUCACUUGGUGGUAUUUUCUUUUUCCACGGUGAUGUUUUUGUGGAUACAUUUUUCAUGAUCAGCGGUUUAUUGGUAACAUAUUGUUUAUUAGUACAAUUCCAGAAGAAAUUUUUAAACCCUUUGCUCUUAGUAUUCUUAAGAUAUAUUCGAUUAACGCCAUUGUAUGCAGUAACACUUUUCUACUACGCAACAUUGUUUUAUAAAAGUGGCAGUGGGCCACAAUGGGAUUUAAUGAUCCGUGCUGAAAGAGAUUAUUGUCGUGAAAGUUGGUGGACGAAUAUGUUAUAUAUUAGUAAUUAUGUGAAAACUGAUAAAAUGUGUAUGAUUCAUACUUGGUAUUUACCAUGUGAUAUGCAUUAUUUUAUUUUUGCAAUAUUUUUGGUACUUUUAUUGCAUAAAAAUCAAAAAGCUGGUCUUUUUGCCAUUUGUAUUACAACAAUCGUUUCAGUAGUUAUACCAUUUACUAUAACAUACAUCUAUGAACAUGAAGCAUUGUUACAUUUUUAUCCAGAAUUUCUACGUGAUCCCCGCAACAAUGAUGUGUUUUCGGAGUUAUAUAGUAAAACGCACACAAGAGCUACAUCAUAUUUAAUUGGAAUGAUUGUUGGUUUUAUAUUAUUUAAAACACGAAAAAGUACUCAUAAAUUAUCUCAGCUGUCCACAAUUUGCUACUUUUGUGCGUCAAUUAUCAUGAUGGGAAUUGGUAUGGUUAGUGGUUACAUAUUUUACAUACCUGGCUUACCAUAUAAUGCAUUUGUAGCUGCAACGUAUGCUGCGUUUCAUAGAUUAAUAUGGGCUGUCGGCAAUUCUGUGUUCAUUUUAACAUUAGGUUUUGGAAAAAUGCCUAUUGUUAGCAGAUUAUUGACAUCAAAUGUUUUGCUACCAGUAAGUAAAUUGACAUACGGCUGCUAUCUGGUUCACAUGAUAUUUUUAAUAUCCGCCGUUGCAUCAAACGCUCAAUUAAGUACAUUAACGUUUUCGUACACGGCGAUUCGUGCGGUUAGCUUUAUCAUUGCAUCAUUUACCACAGCACUUGUAGGUUACUUACUGGUUGAAGCGCCAAUGAGAGGCAUGACAAAGGAGUUUUUAUUACCAUCAAAAAUCAAGCAAGAAAUUGAGAAGAAAGUCGAGAAUGCAGAAACAUAUCCAAAAAGUGUCUUUACGAUUAAAACUACUUUAUAAAAGUUGAAUUUAUUAUCUCAUCUGUGAUAAAAUUAAAUUAAGAUUUGGCAAAAAAUAAAUAGGGUACUUGCAUAAGUUUCUUCGAAAUAUACGAUCGAACAAUGGAAAAUUGUUGUGAGCUUGUUUUGAUUUUCGAUUCUUAAAAUAAUGGUGGCAGCCGAAACCAUAAUCUAUGGAUUUGGAAUUCGUUUUUUAAAUAGGUAUAUCAGCGGAACCUAUCAGAAAUUUUACAUAACAGAAUGGGAGUGAAUGGCAUUGAACUUCGAUAUAUACACAGUGUUUCAUUUCUGACAAUAGUGGACUUCAAAACAAACAUUUUUACCCCAAAAAUGUUGCCCAAAAAAGCUUCGUUUCGGAAAUACAGGGUAACAAAGUAAAAUUAAGGAAAAAUUAAUUGUAUAAAAAAAUUAAUGGUUUGA